AUGACCGUCUUCUCCGACAUGGAACCGAGCCCCGUCUCGGUCGAGGCCUCUGCCCUCUCGCCGCUCCGGGGCAAGACGGCCCUGAUGGAGGCCGCCGAGGACAUCUUCUACGGAUCGGUCGCCGGCGUCGUCGGCAAGUACAUCGAGUAUCCCUUCGACACCGUCAAGGUCAGGCUCCAGAGCCAGCCCGACCACCUGCCCCUGCGAUACCAGGGCCCCCUCGACUGCUUCCGACAAUCCAUAAAGUCCGACGGCCUCUUGAGCCUGUACCGCGGCAUCAGCGCCCCCCUGGCCGGCGCCGCCGCCGAGACGAGCAGCCUCUUCCUCUUUGAGAGCAUUGGCCGCGAGACCCUCUAUCGGACCGGCCUGUGCCCCCGCGGCGAGAAGCUAUCGGUCCCCGUCCUCUGGCUGACGGGCGCCUUUUCCGGCCUCUUCACCUCGUUUGUCCUCACCCCGAUCGAGCUCGUCAAGUGCAAAAUCCAGGCGCCCCUGCUGGCCGACGCCGCCGCCGCCACCCCCCUGCGCCCGCUGCCUGUCAUCCGAGACGUAUACCGCCAUGAGGGGCUCCGCGGCUUCUGGCACGGCCAGGUCGGCACUCUGAUCCGCGAGUCGGGCGGGUGCUCGGCCUGGUUCGGCGCCAAGGAGACGGUCACGUCCCUCUUCUACCGGCUCAGAUCCCGGUCAGCCGCCACGAGGGCAGAGAGGGAGGCACUGCUGGCCCAGCCUUUGCCCCUGUGGCAGCAGGCCCUCGCCGGCGCAUCGGCAGGUGUCUCGUACAACUUUCUCUUCUUCCCCGCCGACACCAUCAAGUCCCGCAUGCAGACGAUGCCCCUCGGUGGCCUGGCCGAGAGGCGUACCUUUUGGGGCGAGGGCGCGGCUCUGUGGCGCCAGCACGGUCUGCGGGGGCUGUAUCGGGGCUGCGGCAUCACCUGUCUCCGCUCGGCGCCGAGCUCGGCCUUUAUCUUCAUGGUCUACGAUGGGCUCAAGCAGCGUUUUCCGCUUCAAUAA